AUGAUGUUGCCAAAUUGUUCUUACAUUACAGAUGUUUCUACUGAUUUUCAACCAAGUGAAUUUUUACAAGAGAGUUUAAGAUAAUUAAUAGAUGGUGUUCAUAUUUACACUAAUAUAAUGACUGAUUCAAUAUAGCCGCAUGAGAGACAAAAAAUCUAUGAAUUCAUGAUUAAUUGUUAACAAUUAGCAGCAGACUUAGGAGUCAAAUCAAUACAUUUCCAUUGUUGGAACCAUUCAACAGACAUUUUUCUAAAUCAAAAUUAGCAGCAAUAAAGUUAUUUGCAAUCAAGUAAUUUUUCAGAGAUAAUCCAAAGAGUUCUUUAGAAGAAAUUAAAAUUAGCUCUUAAGUAAUUUUAUCAAUUUCUAAAUUAGGGAACUUAAGUUAUUCGUUUUAAUAAUUAAUUUAUCAAAUAUUGUGUUAUAAUUCAGAAAUGACAUUAGAUUCAAAAAAUAAGUCUGCAUACAAUAACAAAAACUUAAAAACUAGUUCUAUUUACAGCACUGA